GUGCAGCGCCCUUCCUCUGUCCGUGAGGGCUUAGCUUACAGCUCAGGGCGGGUGGGACACCGUGCAACAGGCAGGACUGUCUCAGCUUCACCUUUCCACUCUCCCUCGCCAGGUAGACAUCAGCAUCUUCUGCAGAGGGAAGGCCGGAGGAGGAAGGCCAGGGGGAUAGAUGCUCGUGUUCUUCAAGGCCUUUGAGUGAGUUUGCAGUGGCAGGAGGAGACAGCACAGCAGAGGGCAGAUAAGUGGUUGAUCUGUGGCGGGAUGCUGCCGUGCUCACAAUGACCGACAGUUGGACUGUGUGGGACGGCUCCUCGGUGAAGGAGAGACAGGGCUCCCUGUGGACCAUGAACCGCUACACCACUCUGAAGCAGCUGGGGGACGGCACGUACGGCAGCGUGCUCCUGGGAAAGAGCAACGACACCGGGGAGCUGGUGGCAAUUAAGAGGAUGAAGAGGAAGUUUUAUUCCUGGGACGAGUGUUUGAAUCUGAGAGAAGUGAAGUCUCUGAAGAAGCUGAACCACGCCAACGUGGUGAAACUGAAGGAAGUCGUCAGAGAAAACGACCACCUCUACUUUAUCUUCGAGUACAUGAAAGAAAACCUCUAUCAGCUCAUGAAAGAACGGGAAGAUAAGAUGUUUUCAGAAAAUGAGAUAAGGAACAUUCUGUUCCAAGUGUUGUCCGGUUUAGCGUUUGUGCAUAAACACGGAUAUUUCCAUCGUGAUAUGAAGCCGGAGAAUUUGCUCUGCAUGGGCCCACAGCUGGUGAAGAUUGCAGACUUUGGCCUAGCGAGGGAAAUCCGCUCCCAGCCGCCUUACACUGAUUAUGUGUCCACGAGAUGGUAUCGGGCCCCAGAGGUUCUGCUCAAGUCCAACUCCUACAGCUCCCCCAUCGACAUCUGGGCGGUGGGCUGCAUCAUGGCGGAGCUGUACACCCUCAGACCUCUGUUCCCCGGCAACAGCGAGGUGGACGAGGUCUUCAAGAUCUGUCAGGUGCUGGGAACGCUGAGGAAGUCGGACUGGCCUGACGGCUACAACCUGGCCUCCUCCAUGAACUUCCGCUUCCCUAAGUGUAUCCCCACCAGCCUCAGAUCCCUGGUCCCCAACGCCAGCGCCGAGGCGAUCACGCUGAUGAAAGACAUGUUACGAUGGGAUCCAGAGAAAAGACCAAGUGCUGCUCAGGCUCUGCGGUACCCGUACUUCCAUGUCGGCCAGGCACUUGGAGCUCCUUUAAAGUUCUCAGAGCAGCACAAGGCCCGGACGAAGAUUUCCCAGGCUGCUACAGAACCGAAGCCUCUGUCCCUCUGUAAGACGGACCUGGAGCCCUGCGAGCAGAGGAAGACCCGGGUGGAGCUACAGACCUCCAGACUACCUCCACACCGGCCUCUACAGGAGAUCCCUCUUCCUCAGGACAACACAGAUCCUACAGCGGGGCAGCAGCAGCCGCUCAGCCUGGUGAAGAACAAGCAACCAGGAAGCUGGCACACUCAGCGUGGGCCGGCAGCUGGAGCUGAGAACAGUGUGUUUGGAGUCAGGACCGGACGUAGACGCUGGGGUCAAACAUCGUUCAAGUCAGUCGACAGCUGGGACGACGGUGACGACACGGACGCUGGAGUUUCCAUCUCCAAAAAACCCACCAUAAGCUCCCUGAAGGACAGGACCCUCGAGGGACACGGCUGUCGAUUUCCAGAGUCAAAGAGCAACACGGUAGCAAAGUUACCGAGCGGCAUCGGGCUAAAGAGAACGGACUCCACCUCCUCGUCUGCCAAGCAGCACUACCUCCGCCAGUCCAGGUACCUGCCAGGCAUUAAUCCAAAAAGCAACUCCUCAGGCAGAAACCUGUGGGACAACUCGUGUUUAACCAGAGGACCGGGCCUGGAACUCCCUCUUAAUAAAGAUGCUGCUCUUCCCAAACUCUCAGAUAAGCAGCUUCUGAAGGAAAAGAACCUGGAGGAAGUGGAUCUGUCCAAAGACUCGUUCCCGAGCAACACCAACAACCGAACCAAGACCAAUAAAUCAGCUGCUCAGAAGAGUGAACCAGGAGCCGCUCGACUGAAGAACACGCUGGUGCCCAUCGAAGGCGAAGUCGAUGUCUCCUCAACUGCCGAUUUGAGAACUGAUCACAAAACCAAAACGUGUAAGAACAAGAUCUCUUCAAAUAAACUGGCUCUCUCAAAUGAAGAGUAUGAACGGUGGAGGAGCAGAUCUGUGAAUCCUCAGAUCUCCGGAUCCAGCAGCGGCUCCACAGUGAAGACAAACCUCCCACGGGGCCCAAACAUCCAGCCGGUGCACGGACGAGUCGACUGGGCCGCCAAGUACGGAGGCCACCGGUAGCACCAGUGACUCCCAGCAUACACACGUCAGGUGGGACAUGAGCUGCCACCAGUGAGCAGCCAUAUUUCACUGUGGUUCCAUCGGCCAUUUUAUUAGAUAUCAUUCAGUGUUGCACAAGUGGAUGAUUGUUAGAAUAUCAGUAUUUUUUUAAAUAAGAGACAAAGUAGUUAUUUUUGUAUAGAAGUGAGUGAAUGUUUUAUUUCAAUGGAGUGAAAAAGUGCAGAUAUAAAGUAUAUUUUCUUAUUAAAGUACACAAACAGGUUUAAACACAAUUAGCUGUGCAAAGAUAAUCCUGAUAAGGUGAAUGUUUUCCAUAAAAAUAUUGUUUAAACUUAAAUUGUUCUCACAGACGACUGCAAAGAGGGAAUGUAUGUUUUGUACGCAGAAAAUAUCUAUUUAAGUAUUUAUCAGGAUUCGUGUGGCCUCGUCAACAUCCCAGUUAUGAUCUUCACCAGCAUCAGUCCGCUGAAAAAAAGAGAUGACACCAUUUAAAUCAGGGUCGAGUUAGAAUUAACGCCUCGUGGUUGUGUGUCUCCACCAACCAGAGCAGUUCCAGACUCAUGAAGUCACUGUGUCACUCAGAUUCUCAUCAGGUCGUCCUUGAGUUCAACGUCCAAGUGAAUGUUUGUACCAGAUUUAAAGAAAUUGCCUCGAGGUCGUUUAAAGCAGAAGUCUGUGAUCUUCAUGUUGUGUAUAUAGUUAAUUACCAAUCAUCAUUAUGUGUAAUGACGGUGUUUUACCUGAAUAAAGUCAUUAGACCUGCUGGCAUGAA